AGGUAGUGUCAUUUCUUAGGGACCCUUCACCUGUAAUCUGGGCACAGAGUCGAGGUUAGAGUCAGUCCAUUUCAGUGGGUAAUGUCAAUUCACUUCUCACGAUGUGUGUCAGGGAGCAAAGGAGUGUUCCUAUCAGCUGCCCCUAAGAAAGAAAGUAAACACUCCCAACAUGCACUGAGGUAAAGGGAGUGGCUCAGGUUUCUUACACGUCCCUGCGCUGGCGAAAAGGGGUAAUAAUUAACAGCUCCUGGGGCUCGAUGAUCCUGCGGAGGGCACUGCCAGGUGCAGAGCUGAGCAGCACGGGGCGUCGGGUCGCCCCUCCUCCACACUUGGCUCCGACCUCCAGGACAGGUGAGGGAGCCCUGCCUUUCCAAGGGACGCUCGGAAUUGGUGAAUCUGUGACUGAGCAGGGGAACAAACUCUCCGGAGCAAGUUCAGCUCAACAACUCAGGGUAUCCUCCGAUGAUCUCAAAAAAGGAGAAAAGUUGAAUAUGAUGGCUCACCAGUGCUCUUCCUGGAUCUUCAUCAAUGAGAGGACAUUCAUUACCAGGGAACAACUCAACUCUUUAUUGAAGACCUAUAACAUUUUUUACGAGAACCAGAAAAACCUGCAUAUUUUAUGUGGACAGACAGAAGAUGGCAAACUAAUUGUUGAAGGAAUGUUGGACAUUUUCUGGGGAGUAAAACGGCCUAUACAGCUAAAAAUACAAGAUGAGAAACAAAUCCCUUCUUUUACUAGGUUGAAAUCACCAGAUGUCUUUCCCAAAAGGGGAAUGACACGCUGGGGGGAAUUUGAUGAUCUUUACCGUAUUAGUGAGCUGGACAGAACCCAGAUUCCAGCAUCUAAAGGAACAGAUUCCCAAGAAGAUUAUUUAUCUUAUCCCAGUAGCACUCUGAAGGCUUAUGCAGAUGAAGAGCCAGAAUCCCCAUUGCUCUAUCGCACCAUGAGUGAAGCAACCCUGGUGAGAAAAAGGAUGAAGCCUCCAAUGAUGGACAGAAAAGACAGACAGAAGCAUAGGGCCUCUAUUAAUGGGCACUUCUAUAACCAUGAAACAUCAAUUUUCACUCCAGCCUUUGGAUCAGAAACUAAAGUCAGAAUAAACAGUAAUAUGAGAACUGAAGAAGUAAUUGAGCAACUUCUCCAAAAAUUUAAGAUUGAAAAUAGUGCCCAGGAUUUCGCACUUUACAUUAUUUUUGCAACAGGAGAGCGGAGGCGGCUAAAGAAGACAGAUGUCCCGCUACUGCAUAGGCUCGUGCAGGGACCUUCCAAAGAGAAUGCUCGCAUUUUCCUCAUGGAUAAAGAUGAAAAAGAAAUUAGCAGUGAUGUGGCUCAGUACAUUAACUUUCAUUUCCCUCUCCUGGAAUCCAUCCUUCAAAGAUUAAAUGAAGAAGAGAAAAGAGAGAUUCAAAGAACAAUAACAAAAUUCAGUACAGAAAAGGCUAUUAUAAUGAAAUGUCUCCAAAGUAAACGGGUAGUAAAAACUGAGACAACCGUUUAGCAGACCAGGCUGUAAUUGCUGAAACUCUGAAACACUUCAGCAAAAUUAGAGGGAUAUUACUAUUUGAUGAAUGCACAAAUUCCAUACUUGCAUUCAUACAAAUGUCUGUGAACUUGAAUCUGUGGAAAAUUGAAUGUUGAAAAAGCUUGUCUCUCUUUGAAGUGAUGAGUUGACCUAGGCUUCACAGUUGCACUGAAAGGAGCUGGAAUUUGUUUCAGGAACUGAAACAAGCUUGGAUACUGUGUAUCCAAAAUACUUUCUUAUAGUAAAACACUCCAUGAACUUGAAUCUAAAUGAUGUCUUCAGAUAUCAUGUAAGGUAAACUUCUUUCAGCUUGAACUGUCAAGAGAAUUAAAAAAUCAUCAACGGAUUCUCAGAACUGAUUCAGGAGCAAAAGCUGCCGGCUCUUGAAAUAAAAAGGAAGCACACUCUUACCCUACAAAGGAGUCUGAUAGUGAGUGAUGGUGUUUCUCAGCUCCGUGCAAACUCUAGCUUCUUCAUGAAACCCAGGGCUGUCUCUAUAUGGUUGGUGGCUUUCGGCUAUUUGUAACAUCAGAGCUAUCUGUCCUUUGGGGUAGAAAAGAUGGGUGGAUUUCUGUUAAGAAAUCCAAAUUGCAAUUUCAUCAACCCGCACCCUUCUUUUUUUUUUUUUUUUUUCUGUUCUUCUCAUGACUUUCAAAAAGUAUUUUUAAGCAUUUUUUUUUUU